UGCAGUCAUUAUGAACAACGCGCAGGAAAUGUCGCCCGACUUCGUGUUGAUGCGCCUGGUUUCCGCGGCCGAGGACCGUCUGGACACCGAACACGGGACUGUGGCACUGGGAGGACUGGGGAAGGAUGUCCUGGCUCACAGCGGCGGAAAGGCGGCUCUGGACAUCGGCCGAGAGCAGCGCGCGGGCCUGGAGCGUCCCGGCGGCCGCGCGAACAAAGGCCGUCCGAGCAGGGCUGCACCUGACACCGGGCUCACGGAGGGCCCGGCCCCGCUCAGCCCCCCCUCACACACACCCAGGGAGGCCCAGGGCUACGAGUUCGCUCCCAGCCCCGGCCUGCGGCCUCAGCUGCUGGUCUUCUCCAACAUAAUCCACAACGGAGACCUGAUUCUGGACUUGGACCGUCUGAAUGAGCCGAGGAACGCGCUGGACCAGAACCCGGGCUGCUCCGGUCCAGCUGUCAGCAACAACCCUCUGAGUCUGCAAGGUGUCCGGCAGCACCAGGACCCGCUGGACCAGAGAUGGACCGCACAUCCUUCAGCACCUGCAGAGACCCGGGGAGCUGCGGAGCCGUGCCACCGGCACCGGAUCAUCACGGACACAUCCGACCCCCUGGCCGUGAUCACCGGGGACCGGGAGGGGGCCGUGUUCCAGCUGGCCCGGAGGUUCGGAGAGCUGGGGGUCGGGUCGGUACCCAAGAUGCUGUUCAAAGCAGGUGAGCUCCCGCAGUGCUCGUGUCAGAACGCGCACGGACCGGUGGCUGCAGAGCCCGGGGAUGACCCGACGGAGACCAGCGACGCUUUGUUGGUGCUGGGAGGACUGGGGAGCGGGGACGUGGACUGCUUGGACAUGGACCAGUGUCCAGAGGACGAGGCGGACAACGAGCACGCGCGCCAAGAGUUCUUACUCGCCAGGAAAAGGGAGAUAGCUCAGAAAAUGUCUGGAGCUUUCUCCAUCAGCAGCUUCCAGCUGGAGCUGAGGCGGCGGGUGGAGACCGACCCGGAGCAGGUGUGCCCCUCCGGGAGUAAGACCAAGUCACCCACACCGGUCCAGAGUUCUCCCUGGGCCACGAGCCCGAACCCGAGCCAUGCGUCGACGCCCAGAAGGCGCACGGAGAGGUGCGCCAGCGCGCCGCGGACCCCCACGGGCCGCGCUGCGGGCCGGGACCGAACCCUUAAUGUUCACGGGAAGUCCAAGAAGGGCUCGUUAAAGUUCCGGCUGAGUAAACUGUUCCGGACUAAAAGCUGCAGCGGCUCCAGCCACAUCCUGGACAAGAGGCCCUCGGUGGCGUCCUCAGCCGGGAGUCUGGUGGACGUGGGUCCAUCAGGUGCGGAGCAGGACGCGGACAGCCUCAGCCGGUCCAGACUGACCAGAGCGCACAGUGCCUUCUCUCCAGCCUCCCUCUCUGCCUCUUUCUCUGCUUUUACCGGUGAUACCGUUUCUCUGGUGGAUGUGGACAUCUCACGGAGAGGGAUGAACACGCCACAUCCUCCCACUCCUCCCCCUCCUCCACGCCGAAGUCUCAGCCUGUUGGAUGACUUUGCUGGGCCUCAGCCUGGGCCGUUCCUGGUGAGCGUUAUGGGUGCCUCCCUGCAAUCCCUUCCCCUGCCUCUUCCUCCUCCCCCUCUCCCCUCCCACCCCACCAUCCAGCACAGUGUCAGCCUCAAUGACGCCUUCAUUCGAGCCCUCCCUCAUUCAAACCUAUUGCCGGCAGACGCUCCACCACCCAUCCGACAGGCUCCACCUCCUGUGUUGUGUGCACUGCGGCGGUCUGAAGCCAGCAACUUUACAGCAAGUCUGAGAGAACUGGAAAAGUGUGGCUGGUACUGGGGUCCUAUGAACUGGGAGGAUGCAGAGAUGAAGCUGAAAGGCAAACCGGACGGAUCCUUUCUGGUUCGAGACAGUUCUGACCCUCGGUACAUCCUGAGCCUCAGCUUUAGAUCGCAGGGAGUCACACACCACACCCGCAUGGAGCACUAUCGAGGGACAUUCAGCCUGUGGUGUCACCCGAAGUUUGAGGAUCGCUGCCACUCCGUGGUAGAAUUUAUAGAACGAGCCAUCAUGCACUCUAAGAAUGGCAAGUUUCUCUAUUUCCUGCGCUCCAGAGUCCCAGGGCUUCCACCCACUCCGGUUCAGCUGCUGCAUCCUGUAUCUCGAUUCAGCAACGUCAAGUCGUUACAGCACCUCUGUCGCUUCUGCAUCCGACAGAUAGUCCGCAUCGACCACAUCCAAGAGCUUCCACUGCCCAGACCACUGAUCUCUUAUCUGAGUAAGUUUUAUUACUAUGACCCCGAGGAAGAGAUGUACCUGUCAAUCAAGAGGAUUCGGAGGGUGGUGGAAGCAGAGCAGGAGGCUGAGUCGCAGACGUAGCAGCAGAACUCUCUUCAGCUCAAGAGGACGGCUCUGUACUGGUCUGCCAGUCUUCCAGCCUCAGCCCAUUGGCGUCCCUGGUCAUCCAGAUCCAGUUGGACAGGAAUGGACCCUUCUCUGCUCCUUUGGACCAAUCUGAGGAGGUGUUUGAUGUUGGACGGUGGAAAAAUGUUGACAGUUUCUGGAUCUGAAGAGUGACUGCAGAGAUGUCCUGACCCGAAACAUGUUGGAAGAAACGUCCAAAAUCAUAAACUCAGCUUUCCUAGUUUUUCAACCAGCUGGACUUUUAAAGAUACGAUGCACUGAUCAA